AUGUACAUCUUCAACUCCAUCCGUGAACAGCGGACGUGGCUUUUGGCUGCGCUAGCGUUCGACAAAAUGCCCCAAGACCGGCCCGUGUAUAAUGACAAGUUUGGCAUGGCAAGUCAGGCCCAUUCCGAUACAUAUUCCUCAAACAUCCUCAUUCCCGCCUUCAAAACUAGAUUGGUCUCUUUCGACAACAUCUUCAAAAUGGUGGGCAAAUACUCCAAGACCAAGAACUACAAGACCGAACAUAGACUGCAAAUACAGCUUGAGCAGGAGAGGCUCAAGCUGUUGAAUCACGAAUACGAGGCCUACAUGAGUCUGCUUCGAUGGUGGGAGAACCAGCCGUGCCAAGGCCACUACCGCACCAAAUGUGGCUUCCACAUGCAAAUUGUUUCUCACGAUUCCUCCUGGUCAAGGCAAGAAGUCUCUGAUAUAGAGCAGCAACUGGUUCCCGGACACGCCUGGCUGCCAUGGCCGCCAAUUAAAUCAACUGGAAUGCCACUAACCGUAGAGCAACUCUACGGCGAUGAUGCAUCUGCGUACCUGCGCGUGGAGCCACGCCAGAUUGGCUUCAACAAUGUGGGCGAUUUCUGCGAUGAGAACGGGGCUCUGUACAGGAGGUACCAGCUCAAAAAGCUUGUGGUCAAGCCGAUCAACAACGCGGUCGAUUAUGAAGCGGUAACGACAAAUGUCCUCGAUCCCUCUCGCGAACACAUUCGCGUCUACGAGUCUGGAGCUAUCUUUCAUAUGGCGCCGGCUCCUCUAGAAUUUUGCGAUGUCCCGGCUACACAGAGCCAGCUUCAAUCUCCUCCUGUUCAACAGGCGGUAGAUAGUCCGAAAUUGGUGGGUAAUGGCGAGUUGAGAACUAGGACCAGUCCCAAUACAUUUGUUUCCGAUGGGUCGAGUUUUGGAAUGAGUUUUGAUUUUCCUCUUGACAAUCAUGAUGUCCCAGGCCCUUCGGCGGUCUCAAUGUCAAACCAGUGUCUUUGA